AUGGAUCUCAGAAGAGAAAGAUUGGUGAUUUUCCUUGUGGGGUUGUUUGUUUUGCAAGUUUGCUGUGUCGCCAAUGCCAAUAUGGUUUUCCCUGUUGAACGCAAAUUCAAAGGCCCCGUUGAAAGCCUCGCUGCUAUCAAAGAUCAUGAUGCCCAGCGCCGAGGAAGGAUUCUCUCUGUCGCUGAUAUCCCUCUUGGUGGCAAUGGCCGUGCCAAUGCAAAUGGGCUGUAUUACACCAAAAUUGGGCUUGGCUCUCCUCCGAAGGACUUCUAUGUACAAGUUGACACAGGGAGUGACGUUCUGUGGGUGAAUUGUGUUGGUUGCACAACCUGUCCCAAGAAAAGUGGUCUUGGUAUGGACUUAACCCUCUAUGACCCUCAGCUAUCCGACACUUCAUAUGUGAUAGGUUGUGACCAUGAGUUUUGCACUUCCACAUAUGAGGGUCCUAUUUCUGGCUGCACAAAAGAGAUGUCCUGCCCAUACAGCAUAACUUAUGGAGAUGGAAGUACGACCACUGGAUCCUAUAUUCAGGAUUAUCUUACAUUCGACCGGGCUAAUGGUGAUCACCGUACCGUACCGGAUAAUAGCUCUGUGAUUUUUGGGUGUGGAGCUAGACAAUCUGGGACAUUGAGUUCAGGUUCUGAUGAAUCCCUUGAUGGAAUAAUUGGUUUAGGACAAUCAAAUUCUUCUGUGCUUUCACAGCUUGCUGCAGCUGGAAAGGUGAAAAGGGUAUUCUCACACUGCCUUGACAGUAAUAAUGGAGGAGGAAUAUUUGCAAUAGGGGAAGUAGUGCAGCCAAAAUAUAAGACAACUCCAUUGGUACCGAAAAUGGCACACUACAAUGUGAUUUUGAAGGACUUGGAGGUCGGUGGGGACAGUGUGCAACUCCCCACAGAUAUAUUUGAUUCUACAAAUGGGAGGGGAACAAUUAUCGAUAGUGGUACAACCUUGGCUUAUCUUCCAUCUUCAGUUUAUGACCAGAUAUUGGAGAAGGUUUUGGCUCAGCAGUCUGGAAUGAAAUUAUAUCUUGUUGAGGAUCAAUUUACAUGUUUCCGUUUUGAUGAUAAUAUUGAUAAGGGAUUUCCAAUUGUCAAGUUUACCUUCGAGGAGGGGCUUACUCUGACAACUUAUCCUCAAGAUUACCUAUUCCUGUUUAAAGAAAACAUGUGGUGUGUUGGCUGGCAAAAAAGUAUGGCACAAACCAAGGAUGGACAGGACAUAAUUCUUCUUGGAGAUUUGGUGCUGUCAAACAAAUUAGUCGUAUAUGAUCUUGAAAACAUGACCAUUGGAUGGGCUGAGUACAAUUGCUCUACCAGCAUCAAAGUGAAGGAUGAUAAGACUGGAAGUGUAUAUACAGUGGGCGCACACAAUAUUUCUUCAGCUUCCACCAUGUUAAUUGGAAGUGUAUUAACGUUCUUAUUCAUGCUUGUUACAAUGCUGAGCACUUAA